CUGUUUAAGCUUGUGCAAUAUAGCCACAUCUUAAAGCACUUGUUGAAUUUGAGGAGCAUAAAAGAGCAACUUGUCAAAGGAGCUGCUCGCAACUCGCUUGACGGGCCCGGCGCAAAAAUGUCGGUGUGGAUGCCCCCAGGCGGAGGCUCAGGUUCCAUGGCCCCGCCUUCUCAAAGCCACCUGGUAUGCGGAGGAUGCCGCUGCCUGCUGAUGUAUCCCCAAGGCGCCUCCAAUGUCCGCUGCUCACGAUGUGGACACAUCACAUCUGCACCAGCAUCAGCCGGCGCGGACAGCUCCCAAAUCGUGUGCAACGGGUGCCGGGUGCUCCUCAGCUACCCGCGCGGCGCGCAGAGCGUCCAGUGCUCGCUUUGCCACGCGGUGACGCAGGUGCCGGUGUACGGGCAUCUGGUGUGCAACGGCUGCAGCAUCAUGCUCAUGUACCCGGUGGGCGCACAAAGCGUCAAGUGCUCAGUGUGCCACUACGUAACGCCCGUCACCGCGGCCACGGCGGCGGCGGGCGGCGCGAGUGGCUCGGUUCCAGCGGCACGACCAAAGACCAAGCAAACGGUCGUGGUGGAGAACCCGCCGUCAUAUGACGAAAAAGGCAACGAGGUUGCCAACAUCGCUGUGGGCGUGAAGGCGGACACUUGAAGCGCGUGCCGCAGCGCAUAGGGCGGCGCGACGGCAGCGGGGUGGCACCACAGAGCAUGCUGGCCUGGCUGGUUAAGGAGCCAAGGCCUGAAUGGACCUGGGCUGUUUGCUUAGUUGCAUGAUAAGGCCAUUCUCUCGUGGCCGGUUUGCGUCAACGGGGGACAUGAGAGUUACGCACCGAUAGACUGACUUUUACGCAUGCACACUAUGCAUCACGUACAGCUGGUGAGCAGACUCGUGUCUGUCCGUUGCAAAACUUUUCCAGCGCCCGGCGCCUCUGGAGGGCUGGCGUUUCCGUUGACAUCUUGUUUGGCGUUAACCGCGUAAUUGUAAAGAAGGCACGACAAGGAGGGUCACUAAGUAUGCUGCUGUAGGACAGGCUGCACAAAGCGUGUGACAAGCGGUCAUACGGUACUGCGGCUUGGAUGGUGUCAGGGGUUGCGUGUUAAUCCUGGCAUUGCAACCGCGUAACAAGCUGGUCGGACGCGUGCGGAGUCUGCGAUGAUGGGCCAAGGAGCGAUAGGGACAGUAUGCGUGCCAGGAGCUGCGGUUGGCAGUGCGUAACACUGCGAGCAGAUGGCUGGUUGUAUGUGCGGGUGGCUGCAAAGCUUUGCAUACCUUUCGAGAGAUAGGGCCUGAUGUGGCUGAGAGCAGGUGAUUUCGCAGGCAUUCUGCUUGGGUUUCUUACGUGUGACGCUGGUAUGAUGAGAUGCAGAGGAGGUCAUGGGUACCAGCUAUUCCAUGUUGUGUAGGGCCUCGGGGAUGCACACACAGUGUUUGCGCAAUGUGCUACAACUGGCAGGGUGGGAUGGCGCCAUCGGCCUCCGCCGAGCCCUUUGUGAGAUGCGGGAUACGGCGUGGCUGCGGCUAGGUGGAUGAGAGCAGCCUCAGUCCUAGGCGCAAGCUCAACAUAUUGUUCGCGUGUGGGGACGCCGCGUUGGCGAGAGCCACGGAUGGCCCUAAUACAUCAAGGGGGCAUUUCACACCCGUGGAGGGCAUUGUAAGUGCGUGUGCGUGUGCAUGCGAUGUGUGUAUGUGUGGCAGCAUCCUGAUGGUGCCUAGGGAUUAAUCGUGUUUUAUUCGAUAUCUUAAAAGACAAGCACUC